UUCAAUGGGUAAAACGCUGUCCGAGACAGCGUUUUAUGCCCUGUUUUUUUUUUUAAAUGAAACGCUGUCCGGGACAGCGUUUCAUGGCCAUAUAUCAGCAUGUUCACUUCAGCAGAAUGCGCAAGAACUCAACCUCAACCUCAACGCUUUCCCUCCUCCCUCUCACACUAAACCACGACCGUACUCAAACACCCGCAUUGCCGCCGCCGCCCACCCUUGCGCCACCGCUGCUGCCGCCACCUUGCUGCUGCCCUCCUCCCUCUCACACUCACUCACUCAAUUUCGUGAUACGAUGGACGGUGAAGAUCGUACGCCUGGACCCGUUGACCCUUCUGUGCUUACACUACAGGGCACACACCGCAGCGUUGCCGUAUGGGAUCAGACGGUUGAUCCGGCAAAGCAGCUCGUUUGCAGGCAUUACACCACCAGGUUCAUGGUGGGGUGGGGAAUCGAUCCUCGCGUUUUGGCGUACGUCGAGUUUGUCGGUUUAGGUGGUUUUCACCGUAUGGCGUAUAGGGAGAUCGAUCGAGCGCUUGUCACUGCGCUCGCGGAGAGGUGGAGACAGGAGACGCACUCCUUCCACCUACCUGUUGGUGAGACGACCGUUACGUUACGGGACGUGGCGAUUCUUACGCGCCUUCCAGUACAUGGGUCUGCGGUGACAGGACACGCGUUAGUCGAUCCCGUCGGUUUGGUUGGUCGGGUACUUGGUGUCCAGCCAGGUCCCGCUGAUAUUAGGGGAUCCGGGUUGAGGACCGGCUGGGUCCGUGAGACUUUCCGUGAGCUACCACCAGGGGCUGAUGACGCCCAGGUUCAGAGAUACGCCCGGGCGUACUUGUUCUUCCUCAUCUCGGGCGUGUUGUUCGGGAAUAAGAGCGGGAGCCAUCUCCAGCUCAUUUACGUGCAGCUGUUGGACCACGACUGGGAUCAUAUCCGAGGCUACAGCUGGGGUAGCGCCUGUCUGGCGACGUUGUAUCGCCAGCUGUGCAGAGCAUCCCACGUAGGUGCUAACGAGAUUGGAGGUCCCCUGAUUGUCCUCCAGUUCUGGGCUUGGGAGCAUAUCCAUGUAGGCAGACCAGGCAGACCUGCGAUACACCGUCGGGGGGAGCAGGACCAGGACGACCAGUACCAGGCGUACGAUGCUCCCCCGCUCCCUACACCGGAUGAGGCAUAUGGUUGCAGGUGGGUGGUACCCAGGCUGACACAUGCUCAUGCGGCGAGGGGUCUUCCGUAUUACCGAGACGCCCUAGACCGACUCACCGAGGACCAGGUGACAUGGGACCCGUAUGUACCUGACUUGGUAGAUGCCAUGCCUCCACAUCUGCUAGACCAUCAGGCGGAGUGGCGUGCUAGGGUCCCCCUGAUCUGUUUCGAGGUUGUGGAGAGUCACCUGCCCGACCGAGUCAUGAGGCAGUUUGGACUACGCCAGACUAUCCCACAGGGGUGUGACACUAGUGUACAGCUUCACGGCAUUGAUCGUCGGGGAAAGGGGGAGACCAGCUGGGCGCUGGAGCAUUGGCGUUUCCUUCAGCUAUGGGAGCAACGGUUGGAGUUCAUCGUUGGAGGUGAUCUAAUGCAGGGGGCUAUGGAUCCCGACGAUCCGUACAUGGUGUGGUACAGGCGUAUCACACGACGCUUCAUCAACCCCAGCUACGCACCACCAUCCACACAUUACCAUCCAGCAUAUGACAUCAUUAGCGGAUAUGCGGCGGAUAUGGUGGCGAUGGUUGAUGCGCUAUCAGUCUCCCUUGAGUGCGGACCCACUAGAGCCCAGGUCGAGCAGGUGCGAGAUAUGGGCGUCGCUACCUUACGGAGAUAUGGUCACGCUCAUCUCGCCCACCGGCGGGACGGUCAUGAUGGCAACUCACAGUUCGAUCUCGGCCAGAGCAGCGGUGGAUGUGAUCCUACGUCACCCAGACACGCAGAGGAUUACAACAUCCACAGUACUGCGCCCUCUGGUACCCAGGAGGACCCCUCGUCCAGUCAGCUGACUCCCCCACCGCCCCGAGACCCAUUCACCACCGUCACUCAUUACAGGCGGCGACGUGUCAGACGGAGGGCCGACACUCAGGAGGCAGGACCUUUACCCCGAAUAAAUGAGUCGGGCUAGUAUUAUCUGUUGUAUUCCCUGUUAUUUUGUGUAAUGAUGUACAUAACACUUAUGAAAUUAAUAUAAUAAAUCUUUUUUGAAUGACUCCGUGUGUGCUUUGAAGUUAAUUUGGUGGUUGGACUGUUGUUGAGCUGUUUCGAGUUUUCUGCAGUGCUUAAAGUUGACGGAACUCCCAGAAUAUGGUGGUGUUACGUGGUGGGGAGUGGCGGAGUUGGUGGUCGACGGUGGUGGGGUAGGGCUGUGGAGCUGGCUGUUGUGGUGGCUGUUGGAGGACUGCAGCAUGCAAGCUGUUUGCUGAAGCUUGUUUUCUGCCUGGAUGCUGGUUGCUGUUUCCAGCAGAAAAGCGCUGUCUGAGACAGCGCUUUAUGUUCAAGCAUAAAGCGCUGUCUGAGACAGCGUUUUAUGUUCAAGCAUAAAGCGCUGUCUGAGAUAGCGCUUUAUGUUGAACAUAUAAAAUAGUUGUAGUUGAAUUUUUUUUAAAAAAAAAACCAGGGGUAAAACGCUGUCCGAGACAGCGAUUUACCCUGGAAGCUUAGUUUGGUAAAUAGUUUUGCCACGCAACCAUUUUUGUCAUUAGUUUACGUUUAGAGCUCAAAUUGGAAAAACGUUC